CACAUUCAUCCGCGUCAGACUGAAGCUUGAAACUAUUCCGGAAGCAGUGCCUGAAAUUUUGCAAAAAGUAGACUGGGUUUUGCAUCUAAACAAAUAUAAAAAGAACACCUGCGAACAAAAAGUGUUGCAACCUACAAAUGAACUAAAUGUCUACCCUUCAUUUAAAGGACGGAUUUUAUAAAAUCGAAUUAAAUAAGACUAUCUGGGAAGUUCCACAGCGAUACCAACUUCUGUCCCCUGUAGGGGCUGGGGCCUACGGGCAAGUUUGCUCGGCCCUCGACACACAAACCAAUAUUAAAGUUGCUGUAAAGAAAUUAGCCAGACCCUUCCAGUCAGUCAUUCAUGCCAAACGUACUUACAGAGAAAUUCGUAUGUUAAAACAUAUGAACCAUGAAAAUGUUAUAGGUUUAUUAGAUAUUUUUACACCAACUUCAACGUUGGAAGAUUUCAACGAUGUCUACCUCGUCAAUACCUUAAUGGGUGCAGAUCUUAAUAAUAUAAUAAAAACACAAAGACUUAGCGAUGAUCAUGUACAGUUUUUAGUUUACCAAAUUCUUAGAGGACUGAAGUAUAUACAUUCAGCUGGAAUUAUUCAUAGGGACUUAAAGCCAAGUAACAUUGCAGUUAAUGAAGACUGUGAACUGAAGAUCUUAGAUUUUGGUCUGGCUAGACAUACAGAAGAUCAGAUGACAGGUUAUGUGGCUACCAGAUGGUACAGGGCACCAGAAAUUGUAUUGAACUGGAUGCAUUAUGGACAGACAGUUGAUAUAUGGUCAGUAGGAUGUAUAAUGGCAGAAAUGUUAACAGGAAAAGCAUUGUUCCCUGGAAAUGAUCAUAUUGAUCAGUUAACAAGAGUUCUGUCCCUUGUUGGAACUCCUAAUCAAAAACUGCUUGACAAAAUAUCUAGUCCAGAGGCUAGAAAUUAUGUUGCCUCAAUGCCAAAAUGGCCAAAGAAAGACUUCAGAGAAGUUUUCAUUGGAGCGAAUCCUCUUGCAAUUGAUUUGAUGGAGAGGAUGUUAGAUUUGGAUUCGGAGACUCGUAUCACUGCAGAAGAUGCACUUGCUCACCAAUACUUAGCUCAAUAUUCCGACCCCAAUGAUGAACCGACAGCAGCACCAUUUGAUCAAUCUUUUGAAAAUAUGGAAUUAAGUAUACCUGAGUGGAGGAGGAAUUGUUAUACAGAAGUACAGGCUUGGAAUCCUUCCUGAGCUACAAGACAGAUGUUAUAGAUAUUUUUAUGUAUAUUGUUAGUUAUUGUUAGUCUUCAGAGUGCUGUAAAACUCUGUGAUGAUCAAACAUUUUGUAUGAUGUUUUCAUUCUGUCAUAGGGCAGUUACUUAGUGCUGCUAUUUCUUCCUAACCAUUUAAUGCUUUUGUUUAGAUAUAUCAAAAUUGAAUUUGCAUAAAGUUUCAUAUUGGAACAUUUCUGUUGGGUAAUUUUUUUUCAGAACAGUAUGAAGCAGUUUUUCAUUAAAAAAAAUGAUUAAAUUUCAUUUUGUUGGAAGUUAUAGAACUCAUGAUCAUGUCAUCAAUUUAAAAAAUAUAACUUGAAAUUUAUAAAAUUUUAUUUGAAUAAAUUAAAAAAAUUAAUAGGAAAGGUGAUGUUAAAUAUAAAAGGAAACAUCAUGUUGAAAUAUAUACCACAUUCCAAAUAUCAAAAACCUGUCAAAGGAUAAAAAGACCAGGAGCAGGGAAAGAUAAUCAAUUUGACAUCUUACAGGGAGAUAUAAAUAUUAUAACAUUAUAACCUUAGCAUUGGAUUCUUAAUGACAGGAUUAUAUGUGUCAUGCUGUCAUAUAUAUCAGAGAAACUAAAUUAGAAAUAUCCCCUUUUAAAAUAAAAUAUCUUAAUAUCCAGUUUUUUGUGGUAUAUGUGUUUUCUACAUAUUUGAAUAGUAAAAAAAAAAUUAUAUACUGAAUUGUGAAAAAAAUCAUGCAAUAUAAUGUAUUGUUAUUUAAAGUAUAAAACUUGAAUUUGUAUUUUUGUUCUCAUUACAGCAUUCCAAACUUUGCUAAAUAUUUGGCUAAAUAGUGGCCUUUUUUGAUGCUUUUUAUAAAAUUAAGUUUUGAAUUACUUUUUUAUGGCAUGUUUUGUUUGGAUAAUAUUUUAUUUAUGUUUUAUUUUUUGUCAAUAUUAAAGCAUUUUUUUCUGUCUCUCUUAUAGCUUAUUGAUGCAUCAUUUGCAACCACUACAUUGUGUGGUAUAAGCUGCCAAUAUAGCCUGAUUUACAGUAUUCCAUAAAAAAAAAACUUAAAAUUUAAAGUGUCAGAAAAACAUACACAUUUGUCUAGAUUGUUUAUGUUAGAAAAAAAGCUCAUUUAACUUGUUUGAAAGUAACAAUUAUUGCACCAGAAAAGUAUUUUUGGAAAAGCUGUUUAUAAUUAUUGCGCAAUAGUCAUUUCAUUCUCAUUUUAUUUAAUUUAUUCCUUCAUUUCAAAAAUAAGAAGUUAUUUUGGGGAAAGUUAUUAAUUAGAUUUUUGAAAUUUGUAUGUGUCUAUCAUGAUUGGCAGCUGUAAGCAUGUACUUUAAUAAUUUUCUUUUAAGUGGCAAACAAUAGUUUAAAAAGAAAAUGUGAAAUAUUCAGAAAUGUUUAAUAUAUUGCAUCCUUUGAUGUAGACGUAUCUUUUAGUUUUGAUUGUUUGUUUAAUGAUUAAGUAAUGGUCAUAAUUUAUGUUGCAUCUACUAAUGUUUGCAAGAAAGCAUGAUUAAGGUGGUACACUUUCACUUAAAUUAAUUUGGCUCGUUUAAUUUUCUUGAAAUUUGACAAAGUAUUUACUUUGACCCUUUGACAAAAAUAUAAAAAUUUUAAAAUAUUUGAACCAACCAUUUUAUCAGAAAAAUUACGCUGGUUAUAUAGCAGUUUGACAAACACUUAUUUUGAUCAUUGAGAAGCUUAAUAUUCCUUUUACAGCACAACGUAAUUAAAAUGUUUAGCUGACUUUACAGAGUUAUCUCCCUGUAGUGUUAGGUACCACCUUAAAUAUCCCUUUUGUAUGUACUUUUCAAAAGCUGCCUCAAAUUUUUAAAUCAUUUGUUUAUAAAGUAAUGUUUCAUAAGAUAACUUUAUUUUCUUCAAUAUUUGCUUAUGUAACUAAUCACAAAACUGCACUCUCUCUUUUCAAGAUGCUUCAUAAGUUUUUUUGUUAUUUUUAAGUCAAUAUUUCUAUGUUUUAGACUCAUUUCAUCAUCCUGGUUUUGCAUAUAUUUAUUUGCAUUUCUCAUUUUUAAUCCCAUUAAAAAAAGUUAUCUUACAGUUUAUCAGGGAGUGCAAUCAUUAUGAAACCUGAUAUAAAUAAAACUUUCUACAAAAAUUUCCUACAGACAUGUAAUAAUUGUUGGAGCAAAAUUCAUCACGACUCUUUUUAUAGUGAUUGUAUUUGUAAACUAGAGAUGACACUUAAGUCUAAUGGUAUAUAUUGUUAGUAAGGUUUGUCUAUCUGUCUGUUUGUUACACGAGGGGAAGAGGAAGAUUUACACAUGUUUAAUAUAAUAGUUCAGUUAUUGCUGUGCAAUUUGUUCAUAAAAAUUUUUAGAAAAUGUGCAAAUUUAUAUGUACCAGUAAUCUUUUUUUUCAUACCAAUACAUGCUGGUAGUUUGUAAAUUUGUUUUUUAAUUAUUGAAGCAUGAAAAUUUUGUUGAAAAGUUUAAAGUGGAAAAGAAGCAGAAAUUUAGCAUCAAAUGCUUAACCUAUGUUUAGGAAAUAUUUUCUCUACUAUUCAACAAAAGAAUAUCACCGUUUACAACAGAGAUUGUUGAAAAGAUCUUUUUGACAUGCAUGUCAGCAAAAUUAAGAAAUAUUGCUUGUAGGCACUCAAAUAUACAGUUCUGAAACUUUUUUUUUUAUUAAAUAGAUAGGACUUUUUCAUAUGAAGAAGUCAUAACAAAGUUGUCAAAUUUAUGUUUAAACUGUUUAUCAGUAAAAUUAUUUCAAUUUUCAUGAAAAAAAUACUAAAAUGAAAAGCUCUAGUGUGUAAGGGAUUUACCUAACUCUAAGAUAACAUACUUCUUUUUAAAUUUAGCUUUACCAUUUUGAAUAUUGCCAUUAUAUACCAAAUUUAAAAAUGCUUAAUGAAAUAUUUCUUUUACUGCCUUAUUUGAACAAUUUAUGAUAAAAGUAUACAAUAUGUUUGUUUAUAAUGUUGCUGUUAUGUACAUCAAAUAUAUUAUCUUAAUGUUUAUUUUUAAGACAAAUACAUUUCAUUGGGAGAGAUGAGUAAAUCAAAUAUCAUUAUGAAUGUUCUUAUCUGAAAAUGUCUGUAAACAGUCCAUUUGCCAAUUUCAAAUUUGUUUUUGAUUUUGUUAUUACAAACUUCUUACACAAAUUGCUUAACUUUGUCAAUCAUAUACUUCUUCUAUACCAAAACAAAAUUGGUUUUGAGCACGCAACAAUGGUAAUAACAAAAUGAUAUAUUAAAUUUUUAACCAAUUUUAAAGGAAAAAUACUAAAAAUGUGUGGCAUAUCAAGAAAUUAAAUACUUUUAAAAGUUUUGAAAAUUAGGUUUAUACAGUACACAUCUUUUUUUUAGUUUUUCUUUGGCAAUGAAAAAUUAUUUCCCUUUUAAUGAUGUAGAAAACUAGAAAUAGAUCUCUAAUUACAGGGUCAAUUACAGGAAUUGGCAAAUAGGAUAUUAAGGCUACACAACAGUUAAAAACUAAAUGUGUUCAUUCUUUUUCCACUAUGAACAAUAUUUAUAUAUGAAUAUGUUGAAGCUUUAGAGUAAUUUUUAUAUGCUGUAUUUGUAUUGUAAGAAAGAUACAGACAUUAUUGAAUGUUAUAAAAACUCUUGUUAUUUGUUGAAUAAUGCACUCUGGUUAGAUAAGUAUGCAAUCUUUUACAUUAUGGAGGUUCACUUAAGGUGGUACCCAACACUUUCACUAAAAUGGCUCGUUUAAUUUUCAUAAAAUUUUGACAAGGUAUUUUCUUUGACCCUUUUACAAUUUUGAACCAACUGUUUUGUCAGAAAAAUUACACUGGUUAUGUAGUAGUUUGACAAACACCAAUUUUGAUCAUUGAGAAGCUUAUCAUUCCCUUUACUACACAACGUAAUUUAAAGGUUAAGCUGAUUUUACAGAGUUAUCUCCCUGUAGUGUUAGGUUCCACCUUAAGAUGAAUUAAUUCCAUGAAAUACAUGUUUUAAAAUUACUGAUGCAUUGAAGUACUUCAAAAUCUUGAUUGGUUAACAAAAAAUAUAUGUAGGCUUUGCAUAAUAUUGGACAAAGUUUGCAUACUUGAUAAGCUGAUGUGAAAAGUACAAGUCAAUAAAACAAUGGAAAGAAGACUAUCAUUUUCAAAUAUUUAUCCUGAUUUAAUUAGGAACUUACUAGUAAGAGAAUGUAAUGGAAAUUGGAAUUUUGAAAGAUUUUUGUCAUUUAUAGAUAACAACAAUAGUACAUUAAAAGUAUGUUGCAAAAAAAUGAAUUGAUAUGAAAAGCUUAAUGGGAAUGAAAUAUCUGUUAUUGACAAUAGUUCUUAUCUAUUGAUAUGCAUCGUUGUAUUUCUUGGAGAAAUAAUGCAAUUAAAGCAAAUAAAAAGAAAAGCCUUUGUUA